AUGGCUUUCACCGGCCUUGACGACGGGGGCUUCGUGGCGACCACGGGGGCCAUGGAUGAGCUCCACCUCGGCAACGGGGACAGCGGGCUGCCCAUGUUCGUGGUGGAACAGGUCCAGCUCCAGUUCUCCGUCGCUGCUGACUUUAUCGCGGCGCAGGUGGCGAACAACGUGCUCGUCAUUGCGCUGUCUAAUGGCCGGAUAUUGAGGAUCGACCUCAACAGACCCGAGGACAUCGAUGAUAUCGAUCUGCCUCGAAAAGCUUCCGAAAUUGGCUCCAUCCGUCGCAUGUUCCUCGAUCCCACAGCGUCCCACCUGCUCGUCUGCACCUCGUCGGGUGAAAACUACUACCUCCACUCGCAAUCGCACCAGCCUCGGCCUUUGGGAAGGCUCAAGGGCGUCUUGAUUGAGAGCGUGGCCUGGAAUCCGGCGCUGCCCACGGCGUCGACUCGCGAGAUCCUCCUCGGCGCCUCGGACGGCAACAUCUACGAGACCUUUAUCGAGACGUCGCACGAAAUAUACAAGAGAGAUGUGAAGCACUUCAAGAACCUCCUCAAGCUCCCCGACGAGCCCAUCACGGGCCUCUGGGCCGAUAAUCUAGGGGGCGGUCCGACGAGCCCGUGGUCCACGAGCUCGAGGACGGCGGCGGCGGCGGCCUCGGCGCUGGUGGUCUCGCCUGAUCUGCCCGAGGAGGAAGGCUUUAGGGAAGAUACCCGCGAGCGGGCGUUUGCCUGGCUUUCUUCGCACGGCGUUUACCAUGGGAAACUUCUCACCACGCCGACGGACGAGACGCUUGGGACCAAGGUGUUUGCGGAUUCCAAGAUGCUCUCCCGAAGUCAGUUUACGGCUUCCGAGGUGUCGGGGAAGAGGAAGGCCUCGGCCGAGCUCGUGGAGGCCAUUGCCCUGACGCAGUGGCACAUCGUCGCCCUGCUCGUGCUCAACGACGGCCAAAAGGCGGUUGGGUUUUCCGUGGAUCUGCAAAAGAAUACAUUUUGGCUGUUUGCCUCGGAUGAGAUUUUCGAGAUUGUGGUUCGGGAUGAGGACCGCUCGAUCUGGCACGUUAUGCUAGGGAUGAAGCAGUUCGACACGGCGAUGCAGUACGCGCGCACGCAGACGCAGAGGGAGACGGUGGCCUCGGCCUACGCGGACCACCUUGCCGAGAAGGGGCUCUAUAACGAGGCCGCGGCCAUGUACGGACGCAGCAACAAGCCGUUUGAGCACGUCGCGCUCUCCCUCAUCGAUAGCGACCAGCCCGACGCGCUCAGGAAGUACCUGUUGACGAAGCUAGCGCUGUCCAAGCGGACGGCGGUGAUGCAGAGGAUGAUGAUUGCGAGCUGGCUCGUGGAGGUGUUCAUGGCCAAGCUCAACUCUCUGGACGACACCAUCAUGACGCAGGCGGAGCUCGCGGAAGAUCUCAACCCGGCCCAGUCCCGGGAGCUGCUAAAGGCGGUACGCAACGAGUACCAAGAGUUUGUCAAUCGAUACAAGGACGACCUAGACCGCAAGACGGUGUACGACAUCGCGGGCAGCCACGGCAGGGAGGCGGAGCUGCUCUACUUUGCCAACGCCAUUAACGACUACAACUACGUGCUGUCAUACUGGGUGCAGCGGGAGAGGUGGGCGGAGGCGCUCAACGUGCUCAAGAAGCAAAAGGACCCCACCAUAUUCUACCGGUACAGCACCGUGUUGAUGCUCCACACGGCUACGGAGUUGGUGGAGAUACUGAUGCGGCACGCGGAUCUGCGGCCGCGGAACCUCAUCCCCGCGCUGCUGGGCUACAACCGGCAGUUCUCGGGCUCGCUCGCGCAGAACCAGGCGGUGCGCUACCUCCAGUACGUGGUGAUCCAGCUCAAAUCCAAGGACUCGGCGGUGCACAACACGCUAGUAUCCAUUUACGCGUCGCACAAGUCCAAGGACGACUUCGACCCCGACUUUGCGCUGCGGCUGUGCAUCGAGCACCACCGGACGUUGUCGUGCGUGCACAUCUACACGAGCAUGGGCCAGUACCUGCAGGCGGUGGACCUCGCGCUCUCGCACAACGAGGUGGAGCUCGCGGCCAUCAUCGCGGACCGGCCGCAGUCGAACCCGGGCUUGCGCAAGCGGCUCUGGCUAGCGGUGGCGCGCAAGGUGGUGACGCAGUCGGACAGCAUCAAGUCGGCCAUUGACUUCUUGAAGCGGUGCGACCUCUUGCGCAUCGAGGACCUGAUUCCCUUUUUCCCCGACUUUGUCGUCAUCGACGACUUCAAGGAGGAGAUUUGCGCGGCGCUCGAGGACUACGGGCGCAGCAUCGACGGGCUCCGGCGCGAGAUGGACGAGUCGUCGCAGACGGCGGCGCACAUCAAGCUCGACAUCGCGGCGCUGGACCACCGCUACGCCGUGGUGGAACCCGGGAGCGCUGCUACGAUGCUGGAGCAGCAGGGGCAGGCCAAGGGCCGGCGGAUCCGCGAGCUGCAGGUCAAGAUUAGCAAGGGGCUGGUGAGCGGGGAGAAGAGGGAUACGAUGAUUGCGGAGUUGGAUGCGCUGGUGGCGUCUGCGUGCAUUCUUUGCAGCGACCACGCGAUUAAGAGGAUAGACGAGCCGUUUAUCGGCAAGGACGAUGAUUUGACGGAAUGGGCCUUGUAA